AUGGAGGAAGUUACAAUAGACAAUGAAAUGAUAAUUGAAGAAGAAGCUAUUGAAGGACUUCACUUGUUUGGAGAUAAAAAAGAAAUGACACUAUUUAAACAUUUAAAUAGAACACAUACAAAGAUAGGAGAAAAGAUGAUAAAAGAAUGGAUUAGACAACCAUUAAUAGAUAAGGAUAAGAUAAAUAAACGACUAGAAUUAGUAGAAGGGUUUUAUGAGAAUUCAGAGAUUCGAUUAAAAAUUAAAAAUGAAGAAUUAGCAAUAAUGCCAGAUUUAGAGAAGUUAAUAAAAGGGAUAAAUAAAAGUGAUUUAGAAAGUAUUGUCAAAUUAUAUGAAGCAGUAAGAAUUAGUAAAAGUAUCAAAGAAGAAUUAAAAGAAAUGAAUAACAAAGAAAUAGAAAAAGAAAUAAUAGAAGCAUUAGAAAGAAUUUCAGAAGAAAUGGAAAAAUUUGAAGAAAUGGUAGUAACACUUAUUGACAUUGAAGAAACAAAAAAUCAUGUAUUUAAAAUAAGACUUUGA